GGUCUGCUCAAUAAGGUAUUUUUGGCUUCACACUAUUCGUCUCUUUCCCUAUUCUCUUUGAUUUUGGCUAGUCUACGCGCAUUUCUGGGUUAGGGUCUAAGAGUUAGGGUUUCUUGUUUGGAAAAAAUGGCAUUCAAUGAUUCUGAUUCAACGCUUCGCAAACAACAAUAUCGUUUGCAAGCAUUUGAACAGAACAUCGAGGUGGAAACAAAUUCAAAUCGUCAUAAAUUACAUGACAAUGAGCAGAAAGAAAGAGGAAAACGCUACGCAUCCGAUGAAAAAGAAUUUACCACGAAGAUUAUGCGAUCACAACUCAAAUCUGGGUCUAGUUGUGUUGAGUAUCUUUGUAACUCUAUUGUUUAUUCGGAGCAAUCGAUGAGAAUGAUGGACAUGAUGAACUACGAUAAAACCAGAGGUCUUGGAAAAAUGGGCCAGGGUCGCACCGACAUUGUUCAAAUAAUUUCUCAAAAAGGACGUCGUGGACUUGGAUUAAAACUGGAUGAGCUAGAUACUGCAGCUUCCAACUGGGAAAAAACGUUAGAAAGCUUACAUAUACCCGAAGAAACGCAUUGGCUAGAUAACAAGGAUGAGAAUGCGACAAGUUGGGGUAGAGACCUCUUGAAAUCGUGGAUCAAACUUGGGAAAAGGAAAUUGACAGUUAAAGAGGAGAAUAAAUUCUGCCAGAUGGAAAUAAUCAACAAAAUUCUUGAAUGCAAGACAGCAUUUGACAGACUCGACGCAAAAGAAAUGCGAAAAGCAAGAGCAAAAUCGAACCCGUUUGAGACAAUUAAAUCUAAUAUAUUUAUGAACCGAGCCGCUGUAAAGAUGGCCAAUUUGGAUUCAAUGUUUGAGUACAUGUUUACUAACCCCAUUGACGAAACUGGAAAUGCAUUGGUGCGAAAUGAUGAUCUGUUGUAUUUUGCUGACGUUUGUGCGGGUCCAGGGGGAUUUUCUGAAUAUUUUCUCUGGCGGAAGAAAUGGCUAGCAAAGGGUUUCGGGUUUACCUUGCGUGGCGAGAAUGACUUCAAAUUACACGAUUUCAUAGCUGGAUCACCGGAAACUUUUGACACAUAUUAUGGUCCGCAAAACAAUGGUGACAUUUUUGAUCCUAUUAAUAUAGCAGGAUUUACGGAAUAUGUCAUGAAUCAAACUGAACUUGGAGUUCAUGUUAUGAUGGCCGAUGGUGGAUUCUCUGUUGAGGGCAAUGAAAAUGCUCAGGAAGUUUUAUCAAAACAGUUAUAUCUUUGUCAAAUCUUAGUAGCAUUAAGUAUUGUGCGGACUAGUGGUCAUUUUGUGGUAAAGCUUUUUGAUUUAUUUACCCCGUUCAGCGUGGGAUUGAUUUACUUGGCAUACAAAUGUUUCCGAAAAAUCUGUAUAUGUAAGCCAAAUACGAGCAGACCAGCUAAUUCUGAACGUUAUUUGGUGUGCAAGUGGAAGAAAGCUGGAACAGGUGCAAUAUCACAACACCUCUAUGAAGUAAAUAAGUCACUGCUUAACAGAAAUGAUGAAAUAGAUAUUUUAGAACUUGUUCCUUUUUGUAUAAUGAAAGAAGAUAACCUAUUUUUUAAAUAUAUAUACAAGAACAAUAAUGAUCUAGGACGAAAUCAGAUUAUCGCGCUCCUUAAAAUUGCAGCUUUCAGCGCUAAUGAGGGGUUAGUCGAAACUAAACAGGGCGAAAUUAGGAGCCGAUGCUUGAUGCUGUGGAAGUUGGAGGAUAAUCUUCGAAAAGCUUUGACAAAACCAAGUCAUGAUCAUGUCAUUGAUAUGUUGUUAAAAGACUGGACCAACGAAAAACUGUUUUUAGCAGCCCCUGGAGGACAACUGAAUUGUGUAAAACUUGAUCAUUCGUUUCCUUCAAUUCAUGGAUGGCAUUUUGUGCCUUUGGACAACGUAAAUGAUACCGGUAAAACCAUUCGUACAUUGUUUAUUAGCAAAGGCGGUAAAGAAAUAUUACAAUAUAAUAGUACGAAAGACACAUGGAGCUUGAUAAAAGAUGUGCAUCUAGAAUUACCUUCUGAGACAUUAGUCUACGGUGAAAUAGUAAAGGAAUUGCAGGGUGAAGGAAGGUCGCAAGUCACAAUACACGCAUUUCAUAUAAUUGAUGGAAUUGUUCUUGGUGGCUACGACAUUCGGAAAUGGCCACUCACAGAAAGACUACGAAUGUGUGAAAAAUUUGCCAAGGCUUUGAAUAAACCUUAUAAAACUAUUAGUGAUACCGAUUCUUCAUGUACAAUUACUAUUCCUGUGAGAUGCAAGAAGUUAUUUGCUUUAACGGAUUUCGUUUCCUUUUUCAAUUCUCUUGAAAAUUAUAAACUUAAAGGCGGUGAAAUGCGUUUAGGGUACCAUAUAAGGAAUACGAAUGAGCCAAAUAGGUUCUUCGUACCACGAGCGCUAUUAUUUCUAAAUGAAAUUCGUGACGAUUAUCUUAAAGUAUUUUCCAAAGGCCUAAAUAAAUUCUAUUACUUUUGUAAGAAGCGACAUACAUCACUUUUUCCAGAACAAAUGAAAUGUGCGGACGAAACAAUAGCUUCGUUCAAAAAUACUUAUACACACCGCAUCAUAUGGAAGUGGCAGCAUACACACCAAGUAUUACCUGAGGAUGAUAUGAAAAAUGUUACGAGAGAACCAAAUUUAAUUUAUCGUGUAGAUAUAGAGCAUUAUGUAACUUGUCAAAAAAUACUGAAUUUUAAUAAAUUGAAUGAACCAUAUUCUGUUGGCUUCGGCAAUUGAAGAAAAAAUGCACACUUAUGCAAAUAUAAAAGCAAAAUUAUUGUGUGUGUAUGGGUGUGUGUGUUUUUUUUUUGAGAGAAGUAAAAAAUAGGGAUGGGCGAUACUGAAAAAAGUAUCAAUACUUCGUUAUCGCGAUACUUUGGAUUAUUACGAUACUGAGUAUCGAUGUAUCGGAGGAAAAGUAUCGAUACUUUCGAUACUAUCGAUCGGUAAUAAACAAAUGCAUAUUUAAAAUUUGUUAAAAUCUGUAAUUUAAAAAAAAAUAAGUUGUGUUUAUCUAUGAAUGUUAAUUGGAGAAACCUACAGUAAUCCAAAAUGAUAAUUUAUUCUGAAAUUUAAAAAAAUGGGAAACUGCAAAAUUAGAAAAUGAAAUGAGGAAAAACAAACAUUAGAAACUGUAAAGAAUGCAUGAUGUCAUCAACAGAAAAGAUGUACCCGUUUUAGUUUACUUACUAUGCAAUAGUGCCUUUCACUAGGAUUCCAUGGUUGGCUAUGUUUACUAUAACUUUAAAAUAUUUGUAUUGGACUGUCACAAUUUUUUAACCAUCAGUAAUCGUGGGCUGCAAAGCCAAGCAAUAUAAUAUUAACACUCGGAAUACCAAGGGGGUAAAAAGUUACGCGGACUACCAAGCAGAGGUGGGUAAGAAAACCAACCGGCACGUACAUACACUGGUAUUGUUCUCAAAAUCUCAACACGUGUAAACGAGUGAUGCACAUCGUAUUCGGUUUGGAUUUCGUUCACACGGUAAACGAAAGAAAAAUCUCCACCGACUCUCAGUUUACAAAACCAAACCGAGCCACUCAGCACCGUUUACAUGUGUGUACGAAUUUCAACUUGUGUUGAUGUAUUCUCAGCAGCGGUUUCGGUUUGGCUUUAGAAAACCGGGCCUGUUUUUUUCUGUACACGGUGCUUCGGUUGAAAGAAGAAGCAGUAAACUCGUCUGCAGUGCUGCCGAAUAGACAACUGUAUUGAGUUCAAUUAGUUGUUGAGAGUCAAUGGGGUAAUAUAGAAAUGGCUGGUUCUGAGCAGUUGUUAAAAGUUCAACAAUUGUUUAAAUUGAAAUUAAAGAAAACAAUGAAAUCAGCGAUGUCAAUAAAAUAACAAAAACAAUAAAAUCAAUUAAAUUAAUGAAAUCAAUAAAAUUAAUUAAAUCAAUUAAACAUGACAUGACAUUAACACUCAAUUCAUUCAAAGUGGCCUGUAUUUAUAUCGCCAAUAAUCGUAUCAAUGAGAUCUAAUCCACGUCUGGUUGCGCUGGUUAAGCGAUUCUCGAAUAAUCUCGAGCACACACUCGCAUUUUGUAUACAUAUAUCCUUAUUAUUACUGCUACAGCGCAUCGUAUUGAUACAUCUAUCCUUGCACAGAGGCAAUUGCGUGUAUGUGUGUGUUAUUUACAUAUGGUAAGCAACUCAGACGCAAGUGGGGGGAAACUCACGAUUAGGUUCUUAUUUACUGAGUGCUGGUAAUACGAAUUUCAGUUAUUUUUGCUGUUACUGUACAUCGUUUUGAAAUAUCUACAAGGUUUGGUCGCGUACAUUCGAGUUUAGAGAAAACUACCACUAAAUUAUUCAAUUACAAAAAACUUAAUUCAUUGAGAACAGCAACCAACUAACGAAUAGCAAAAACACUUUCAUUUUAUAGACCGCCAUUAAAAAGUAAGUUUCUUUAAGGAAUAAAUAUUUCCGGCGAUACCAGUCGAUGUGUGUAUGUAAAUCUACUGCAGAACAAUUAAAUUUUUAAAAAAUGUUGCGCAAUAAUUUGAAUAAAAAAAAUUUGAUCACGUUGUGUCCAAUUCCGAAGUUGUCUGACUCAUUACAACAAAACAUGUAAAACGACCUUCAAUAAUUAAUGUGGAUAUUGGUCCACAAUAUAACCAUGCUAGUUGUUAAAUCAUCAUGAAUAGGCCGCCAUUUUGAAUUUCUAAUUUACGACGCAAUUCAAGUUUCGUUUCCUUGGAAAUAUAUGCCUAUUUAAAUAUGCAUGCUUUUAAAUGCUAAAUUUUCGUCAAAAUAACACCAUAUUGGGAUGCAAAAUGACGACGAAUAACAAUUUUUAAUCUCUACACAACUUUUCGAUAUUAAAAAUGUUGUUUCAUGAUAUUUUUUACCAUUAAGCCGUUAUUAAAUGCCAGUAGUAUUGAAUAUAGCUCGCCAUUUCAGAUCUCUUCAGAAUAUCUUGAAUAUACCGUCAUCUUAAAUUUUGAUCUGCUAUCAUAGGUAUAAAAAUAGCGGAGGCUGUUAAAUUUCCUUUUACUUUCAAUUUUUGGGCAGUUUCAUACCAAACAUACCCAUAUUGAAAACUUCCUGAUGAUAAAUCAUUAUGAAAAUGUUGCAAUAUUGAGUUAAGGAACGCCAUUCAUGACCACGAACAUAAUUUAUUUGAACAGAAAUAUGUCUGAAGACAUUUUUUCAAUUACCGAAAAGAUACCUUAUAUUAUAAAGAAAUUUGUUUAGAAUUCUUAAUAAAGAUACUAGCAGCACUAGCACAGCCGAUAAACAUCAACCCGAAUACACAACCGCAACACAACCGAAGUUUGGUUUUGUUAUUCUCGUGUUUCCUUCCCAUACUCGUGCACCGGUAAACGAAAAUCAAAACCAAACUGCGGUGCUGUGUAAACGAAACUCGGUUUGGUUUUCGUGUCUCGUAUAAACACAACCAGCGAUGAGGCCGAACGCAAUGUAAAGGAUACAUAAACACUUGUGAAAAUUUGGUUUACCGUACCGGUACUCAACCGGUAUUUUCCCACCUCUGCUACCAAGGGGGUCUAAAAAAAUGGGAACGCUUACUUUGACCGAUCAUAUCUCCGCCGUUACAUAAUCGAUUUUAAAUCUGUCUUCACCAAUAGAAAGAUAUGUCUUUUGUGAAUACGUCAUAUUAAAAAAUGGAAGAAUAGAGUUGUCUACCGUAAGUUACAGUAAAAAGAGUAUAACAAAGUCAGUGAGAAAAAAAAUGGGAACGCUUC